AUUUUUUUGUGACAAUUGGAUUACAAUUGGCCACGCCUCAAAAUCUCCCUCCAUGCUCUAGCCUUACAAAAACCAGAAAAAAAACUGAAUAACAAAGAAGCAUUAAUCUUCCUAGGAUUUCAAUUAAUACUCUCUCUUUUUCGCAAACCCUAAUUUAUCAAUGUCAUCUUCUUCAUCAUGCCUUACAUCAUCAACUCCUUCAUUCAGAUUGAAAAAACAAGUGUUCUUACUUCAUUCUAGAAAAUUUUCCACUCCUUCAAGGUUGUGUCAUCCAGGCAGCAAUAACCAAAUUAGUAGGAGAGGUAUUGCUUUAAGAGGUAUUGUAGCUGCUGGAAUUUCAGCUAUGGAGCCAGCUUCUGUUGCUACUAAACCUGUUCAAGGGCUGGACAGAUUGACAUUCAAGCCAGAAGGAUAUAAUUUUUGGACAUGGAGAGAUCACAGAAUACAUUAUGUAGUGCAAGGAGAAGGGCCUCCAAUUGUUCUUGUUCAUGGCUUUGGUGCUUCUGCGUUUCAUUGGAGGUACAACAUACCGGAGUUGGCCAAAAAGUACAAGGUUUAUGCAGUUGACUUGCUUGGGUUUGGUUGGAGUGAGAAGGCAUUGAUCGAUUAUGAUGCCAUUAUCUGGAGGGAUCAGGUGGUUGAUUUUAUCAACGAAAUAGUCAAGGAACCUGCUGUUGUAGUAGGAAAUAGCCUUGGAGGCUUUACGGCAUUGGCAACUGCAGCAAGUCUACCUGAUAAAGUUGUUGGAGUGGUUCUGCUAAACUCGGCUGGACAGUUUGGAGAUCCAAAUGCGAAACCGGAUGAAACUCAAGUGGAAGCGAACAUCUUGGAGAAGUUCAUUAUAAAACCUUUAAAAGAUAUUUUUCAACGGGUUUUUCUUGGUUUUUUAUUCUGGCAGGCAAAGCAGCCAGCUCGCAUAGAAUCAGUUCUUAAAAGUGUAUACAUAAAUAGCUCCAAUGUGGAUGACUACCUUGUUGAAUCCAUAACUCAACCUGCAACGGACCCAAAAGCUAGCGAAGUUUAUUACAGAUUAAUGUCACGCUUCAUGUCAAACCAAAGGAAGUACACACUUGACAGCCUCUUAAGCCAACUGUCUUGCCCAUUGUUACUGCUCUGGGGUGACCUAGACCCUUGGGUAGGUCCUACCAAAGCAAUUAAGAUCAAGGAAUUCUAUCCCAAUACAACAGUUGUGAAUCUGCAAGCUGGACAUUGCCCCCAUGACGAAGUCCCUGAACUCGUCAACUCAGCUUUAUUGGAGUGGUUGUCGAGUUUAAACCUGGAGAAACCAUCUUUGUCGACCACUGUAAAUAUGUCAUGAAGCUUUCUUUGGAAAUCAAAUUUGUACAUUUCUUAUGAUUCGUAGUUAUACUGUAAAGUUUGAUUGUCAUUUUAGGUAGAAGUACACAAAGAUGAAGCUGCAAUUGAGAAAAGAUUGCUCUUAAACUGCUUGGGUACUAUACAAUUGAUUAUCUCAGAUAUUUUCAUGAGACUUCUUGCAAUAUACAUACAAGUUUACUACUA